CUGUGUUUGAGUUGGGAGGAGCAACACAUACCUGGCAACACCAUCAGUCGCUUUGUUAAUGCUUCAUUGAGCCAAGAUGGCAGACUUCGAAGAGCUCAGCGAUGAAGAGAAGAUCCGUAUUGCAUCUAAUUUUGUGGUGCACGCUCCUCCAGGAGAGUUCAAUGAAGUCUUCAAUGAUGUGCGAAUACUGCUCAACAAUGAUAAUCUUCUCAGAGAGGGUGCGGCUCAUGCCUUUGCCCAGUACAACAUGGAUCAGUUUACCCUUGCCAAAAUUGAAGGAUAUGAAGAUCAGGUCCUGAUAACAGAGCAUGGAGACCUGGGUAAUGGGCGCUUCUUUGACCCUCACAACAAGAUCUCCUUCAAGUUUGACCACCUGAGAAAGGAAGCCAGUAACCCCCAGCCUCAUGAGGGCGAGAAAGCCCUCAAGUCAUGGAGAGAUGCUUGUGAUAAUGCCCUUAGGGCCUACGUCAAGGAGCACUACCCCAGUGGAGUUUGCACCGUUUAUGGGAAAAUAAUCGAUGGCCAGCAGACAAUUAUCGCUUGUAUCGAGGGUCAUCAAUUUGAGCCUAAAAACUUCUGGAAUGGUCGCUGCCGGUCUGAAUGGAAGUUCAGUGUCUCGCAAUCUACAGCACAGGUGACUGGAGUCAUGAAAAUACAGGUACAUUAUUAUGAGGAUGGGAAUGUGCAGCUGGUCAGCCAUAAAGAUGUACAGGAAGCACUGACUGUGUCUAACGAGAGCCAGACUGCAAAGGAGCUUGUGAAAAUUAUUGAGGACGCAGAGAAUGAAUACCAGGUGGCCAUCAGUGAGAACUAUCAGACGAUGUCGGACACCACAUUCAAGGCCUUACGCAGACAGCUCCCAGUCACCCGAACCAAGAUUGACUGGAACAAGAUCCUCAGCUACAAGAUUGGCAAGGAGAUGCAGAAUGCUUAGAGGACAGAGGCUGUUUGGGGUUACGACAACAACAAGUUGGAGAGAUGCUGACGCUCGCGCAAACAUGUGUGACGCAACAUAAUGUACUGUAUGUCCUUCUAAAAAGAGACAUUUGUUAGGGUUUUAUCCAGAGAAUGACAGCUUCCAUUAUGCACUACGAGGGGACGCCUUCAUUUUAAAAUGACAUUGAGUGGUGUAACUGUCACUCAUCUGCAAACAUAUGUAAUUUUUCUUUUUUAAAUAAUGCCUUUAGUGACACUGUGAAAGCAUUCCCUUCUAUUCGAAUUCAUACAGUCACAUGUUAAACACACACAGUUUCUGAUCCCUCAGUGCUUCAAAUGGACACACAUCCUCUCAAAACCCCUUGACUUUCGUGUAGCAGUUCAUUUACACUCUAUAACAAAACCGAUAUUCUUUGAGAGUUUCCAAUACCUCUAUAUUUUAUUCUUAUUUUUUUUUUAAUGAACAGAGGGCAAAUACUGUAUGCAAUUCGAUAUGUUAAUUGAUAGAACCAAAUUAUACAGUUUCUUUUUUGGUCUGAAGAUCCCAUCGGUUGAUACUUAUGCAUCCCUCUGGAUGCAGGAUUGUAGACAGUGGACAUCUUCUUUCUUUCUUUUCCCAUUCACUAACCAUAUUUUGUCUUCCUUAUGGACUUUAGUUCUUUCGCUUCUCUCUGAUAUUUUCGGUGAUAAUCCCUCUAUAUCCCCCUGGACUGAUACAGUAUUGGUGUUCUCCUGCCAGCCGUUUGCCUUUAGCUUUUGCUAUAUUUUUUAUACAAACUGUAAGUACAUUUAUUAUUCAUGAAAUAAAAAUAAUGUCUUCAAGCAAUA